UGGCAAUAUUUCAGCCAGGAACAAAUACCCCGCGAUUGCUUCUGUUGCUCAUCAAAGUUACAUUCAGAUACUUCCAUUCUUCGCUCGAGUCUAGACUACCUAUACAAUGGCUGCAGCUUCCGCCCGGCAGGUCAACAUUGCCAUCAUUGGCGCUGGUGGGGUAGGGAAGUGCUUCCUGUCCCAGCUCGAGCAGCUCGCCGCCCGCCGUCCCAGCCCCAAGGUCGUCCUGACCUACAUCUGCACGAGCAAGAAGGCCAUCUACAGCACCGACCACGUGGCGAUCCCGCUCAACACCGUCUCGUCCACCCUUGCCUCGUCCCAGCAAGCUCCGCUCGCCCUGCCGAAGCUCGUCGACUUCCUCGGCACGUCCGGCUCCAAGACGGUCCUCGUCGACAACACCAGCUCGCAGGACGUCGCGGACGCGUACCCGCUCUUCCUCAGCCGCGGCAUCAGCAUCGUGACGCCCAACAAGAAGGCCUUCUCGGGCUCGUACAAGCUGUGGCAGGACAUCUUCGGCGCCGCCGAGCAGUCGGGCGCCAAGGUGUACCACGAGUCGUCGGUGGGCGCCGGCCUGCCCGUCAUCUCGACGCUCAAGGACCUGGUGGACACGGGCGACGAGGUGACCAAGGUCGAGGGCGUCUUCAGCGGCACCAUGUCCUUCCUCUUCAACUCGUUCGCCCCGACCUCGGGCUCCGGCGGGAAGUGGUCGGCCGAGGUGAAGAAGGCCAAGGAGCUGGGCUACACCGAGCCCGACCCGCGGGACGACCUGAACGGGCUGGAUGUCGCGCGGAAGCUGACCAUUCUCGCGCGGUUGGCGGGCCUGCCGGUUGAGUCCCCGGCUGCCUUCCCCGUGCAGAGCCUGAUCCCCAAGGAACUCGAGUCCGUGGCGAGCGGGGACGAGUUUCUCGAGAAGCUGCCGGCGUUUGAUGCGCAGAUGGAGGAGACCAAGGCGGCGGCGGAGAAGGAAGGCAAAGUGGUGCGCUUUGUUGGCAGCAUCGACGUGGCCACGAAGCAGGUCAAGGUCGGGCUCGAGAAGUUUGAUCUGUCACACCCCAUUGCGGCACUGAAGGGCAGCGAUAACAUCAUUAGCUUCUACACUAAGCGGUAUGGAAGCAACCCGCUAAUUAUACAGGGCGCUGGUGCCGGCGGUGAAGUGACGGCGAUGGGCGUGACGAGCGACCUGCUGAAGGUACUGUCCCAGAUUGCUUAAUCCGGUCAGCCCAUCCCCAGGUAAAUAGCCCAGAUAUACUACCUAGGUCUCAAGAAACCCCCAGUAUCCCAAUGUGCCUCCAUUCAGUGCCGUGCCAUGUUAGCAUGCGGUGGUACCAAUGCAUCCCUCCGACCUAAUAUGGUCUAUUCGAACGCCUUGUUCCAUCAUCCGACGGACCAGCUCGCGGCGGUGCCGUUUAUCGGUGGCGUCGGAGGUUCGGCAGGGGCGAUUUCAAUUCUAGGUGCAAACCUGGCACGCCAGUUGGCAACUGCGAGCCGCCAGAACCAAAGGAUCAGGUCGUAGAUUACCAGCACAACGAUCGGUACAAUCGGCGUGAGGGCGAGCGUGAGCUAACCAAGAGCUGCGUCAGCGACGGCGAUGGCGAGAACGGCAACGAAGUGAAUGGACUCACAAAAAGGCUGGAUAUGAUGCUAA